ACGGUCAUCACUACCAAAAAAAUAAUAAUAAUAAUUAAAUUAAAAACUCAAAAAUAGAGAAAUUUAUCACCCGUCCAAGUCCAGGCGCGAUAGUUUCAAUUUGCUUAUUUUCUGUGUUUGGUACCGUUGAUGUUUUUAUUAGGAUCCCUCUUUUACAGAGAGAAGAGAGAGAGACAGAAUAAUUAAAGAGAGAGAAUAAUGGAGAGCACACUUUGCUGGCAACUGGUGUCUCUGUGUGGGAUUGCCUCGUGGAUUGUCGUAUCUUCAUUAUUCAAUGUGACCCAGAAGCUUAGAUCCUUCACCCAACCUUGGGUCUCUCGUCAGGUCGUCUCUGGCAUUCCUACCAUCCUUCAGAUCCAGAAAUACCGGCAUGAAUUGUUGGAUGCUUUAUUCUCUGGGUUGUCUUGUGUGGUCUCUGUUCCUUUCUACACAGCUUUCCUUCCCUUGCUCUUCUGGAGUGGACAUGGCUUAUUGGCUAGGCAGAUGACAUUGUUGAUGGCUUUUUGUGAUUAUUUAGGGAACUGUAUAAAGGAUGUGGUAUCAGCUCCUAGACCCAGUUCACCACCUGUUAGGAGAGUGACUGCUACCAAAGAUGAGGAAGAGAAUGCAAUGGAAUAUGGACUGCCUUCUUCUCACACUCUUAACACAGUUUGCUUAUCUGGAUACCUUCUCCACUAUAUUCUAUCCUACACUCAAAAUAAAGAUGCCUCCAUGGAACUUGCAGGUUUCACCAUGGUUUGCUUGAUUGUGGGCCUCAUUGGCCUGGGAAGAAUUUACCUCGGCAUGCAUAGUGUGGUUGAUGUCAUAGCUGGUCUUGCUUUUGGAUUGGUGAUACUUGCAUUUUGGCUUACCGUUCAUGAGUACAUCGACAAUUUUAUAAUUUCAGGACAGAAUGUUACAAUGUUUUGGGCCGCCCUUAGCUUCUUGUUGCUCUUUGCUUAUCCAACACCAGAGCUUUCAACUCCAAGCUUUGAGUAUCAUGCAGCGUUCAGCGGUGUUGCAUUGGGAAUCGUAACUGGGAUCCAGCAAACCUACCAUCAAUUUCACCAUGUAAAUGUUGCUCGAAUUUUUACACCUCAACUGACAAUCCUUAUGUUUGUGGGAAGAAUGCUAGUGGGAAUCCCAACAAUACUCCUUGUGAAGUUCUGUAGCAAAGCUCUGGCAAAAUGGGGUCUUCCCAUAAUAGCGAACACCUUGGGCAUCCCAAUAAGAUCAACCGGCUACAUCCCAGCACUAAGUGCUUCAAUUACUGAUAAAAAGUCAGAUGAAACUAAGCAAUCAAGUUACCUCCAAAAAUUGUUCUUCUUCUCCCGUCAGAAGACUUUUGAUGUUGACACUGGUAUAAGGCUUCUUCAGUAUGCUGGUCUUGCAUGGUCUGUGGUAGAUCUUGUUCCAUCUUUAUUCUCUCUCCUGAGUGUGUGAUGCUCUGUAGUUGUUGUAUAAUAUUAACCUUUUUCUUUUUAGCCAUUGGUCUGCUUUUAGCUAAGAUUAAUGGAAAUGUAUUUUUAUGUUGAUUUUGUACAACACACCGCGUUUAGUAAGGAAACACCCGGACGAUAUUUUAGGCCA